CAAUCUUUUCGGCCACUCUCCUCCUCUCCCUCCGGCCACCGCCUUCCCCCCUCCGACGCUGCUUCUCCCCUAUCGCCCUACAUCCACCCUCGGGCCCUGCAUGCAAUCGCUGCCCGCUACACAGGAAUCAUGGAUACAGAGGAUGGGCAGGUUUUCAUAAAGGUGCGCUAUUUCCCUUCGUCUUUUGGUGGGGUACUUGAUAGCACAGAGUUCACGCGGCAUGCCGCAUGCCCAUAUGCCAUCUCCCUUCCGGUGUACAUGUGCACCUCCCCGACUUUGAAGCACCAAUCACCCCACUUGUCUUGCCCGUGUGUUUCCUUCAGCUAACCU